ACACAGGAGACUCCUGUCCCAAAGGCUGUUACUCUCACAUUCUCUAUUUUUUGUAGGAAUCCCUCCUGUCACGGGUGGGAUUAAUGUCAGUAUAUUUCCUUGAAAAUUCUGAUGUUAAUUGGCAUUGAGUUGUGCAAAUAAGUGCAGAUGAAUGGACUUGUACUUGUUCAGAAGAGUUGUAGGAUGCUCAGAAUGCAGUGUUAGCAUCCAGUUCUUCUUUCAGUUGUGUGUGUUUUGAAAUUCUUCCCAGGUGUUUUGUUUCAUUCCAGUUCUCUACUGAUAGGUAAAAUGAUGGUUCCACUUGGGUAAAUGAGGAAUAGGAAACAACUAGGUUUGGAAAACAAGGGAUGCAUUGGGGCUGCCAGUCCCUCAAAUGUCAGACCACAGAAUUUACUCUUCCCCUGCAUGUGACUGUGUGUCUCCAGGGAUCAUGGAUAAUCAGGAGAACCUCCGAGCACUCCAGGAUCCUCUUAUGAGAUACCAUUAAGAAACUUAUAAUUGUUGUUGAAAGGUGUCAUCUGUGGAGGAAGUUUUCAGCAGUGUCCUGAGCUCCCCAAGCCUGCACGUCCAUUGCUGCUACAGGCACAGUGAUAAUUGUAGGUCUCAGGGGAGGUGAGGUGACAGAGUCACAGAACCAUAUCUUAGAAGCUGGCCUCCUCCCUGCAGCACUUGUCCUGGUCACAGAGGUCUCUGCGCUGAGAUUACCAUCCUUGGAAAGAGAAAGAGGCUGUUGGAUACCUAUGUCAGUGUGAGAGCAGCAUUUGUGAGGGAAGACCCAUUUCAAGAGUCUGGGUAAGUGAUCACAUCAGAAUCUGGGAUUCUGUUGUGAUCUGGUUGAAUUCCAGAGCCACACCAAGAGGCAGAAAAAUUCUUAAGGAGUGGGCUUAUGUAGUGAAGAGCCAGGGGGUCCUAGAUCCUGCAGCCAUCUCUGAUGGCUCCCAGUUGAUCAUAAAGUGAUCCUCCUUGAUGGUGGCUGCUGAACUAGAUUACAUCAAUUUGUAAGGUGCAUUUAAAAUAAGUCUGCUGCUAGUCUUCCUUACAGAGAUUCUGUGCUGCUUUCUGGAUUUCUAGAACUGGACCUACGACAUCUCCAAGCCUGUUGUGUGGAGUAGGAAGAACUUAUGGGAAUCCUUGAGCCCUGUGUAGAAAUGGAUCUGAAUCAUGAUGUUAGACUAGAACAUCUUCUCUAACUCUGGGCAUGGUGUGGCUCAGGGAGACAAUCAUUGUACCAAUCCUGAAACCAUCUGUUGUCUAUGAUUUUUUCAGGCUAUUUUCCUCUUAACUGAUAAGAAAUUUAUAAGGAAAAUAUAAUAUAAUAAUUGUGGUUUUCCAACAGUCUGUAUCAUAUAUAAAUCUUGUUUUCAGGUGUUUAAAAACAUCCUCCUCAUUGUGUCAAAUACACCACCUGGUUUAGGAAUUUCGUUGUGGAGUAGGGUAUGAGUGUGUAGGGGUAUAUAGUAAAUCUCUUCACCUUUGGCUCAAUUUUUCUAUCUUCCUAACUGCUCUAAACAGUAGGUCUAUUGAAUGUAUAUAUUUGAAUUGUUGCCCCAAAUAUGCUGUCUCAAUAUUUUGAAGAAUUCAUGCUGUACAUAUGCCAGUGUGUAUAUGUGGCCCCUGUUGUAAUAUCAGCCACCAUCAUUGAUUCCUCGAUAACAGUGCAACAGGCACUGGGGACAGGGACCAAGAUUUCAGUUACAAAUUUUGGCACUUUCUAACAUACAACCAGGUGAGUUCUGUGGUAGCUCUCUUGAAAUGGAACCAAUACUGUCUCCCUGCACAUAGCUCACCAUGAGACAGGUGCCUGCUGGAUUCUACUUCCCUCAGAGCACCUGCAAAAUGUCUCAGGUUCUCUCAUAAUUGGCAUUGGCUUGUAGAAUAAUUAUUUCCAAGCAAAUAGAAACACAUUAGAAUAAAAGCUUAAAAUACCAUCAGUUUAGAGGAUAAUAGGAAUUUAGAAAAUUGAAACUAAACAGUGAAUUGGACUCUUUGAAGAACCCCACUCACCACUGUUAAGGAGUCCUGGUGGUUUACUGUAUUGACUCUCACCACUCAGCCAGUCCCCUCCACUCCCCUAAUCAGAGCAUGAAUUUAGUCAGAUGUUUAACUGCUGCAUGACCAAGUUCUCCUGGUCAUCAUGCAAAAUCAUCUCAGCAACUGCCUCAAAUCUUGAAGAUUGAAGAAGUCACUAUGUGCUGUUUUCAUGCUUUAAAAAAUUCAAACAGACCUCAUUAAAACCUGCCAGUAAAAAAGAGAAGCAUGCAAUGUUCACAGUGGGAACUCUGGAGAGUGGGAAUGCUGAGUUUUGGUUGACAGGACAUAUGCAGCCCAGACCUCCUGUUCUUUUACAGGACACUUUGGCUGGGACAGCAGGGAACUGGUGGAAUGGCAGCCAGUGAUGUGGCUGUAGGCAUCAUCUUCUUGUCACAGACUGUGGAUGGAGCUCUGGGCAAUUCCUCUCUUCUCCUCCAUUACCUGGUCCUGGUCCUUUACUUCACUGGGUGCAGGGUAAGACACACAGACUUGAUUCUUCAGCACUUGAUUGUGGCCAACUUGUUAACUCUCCUGUGUAAAGGGGUUCCCCAGACAGUGGCAUCUUUCAGUUUGGAAUUUUCUCUUGGUGAUGUUGCAUGCAAGCUGCUUUUCUAUGUUCACAGAGUCAGCAGGUGUGUGUCCAUUGGCAGCACGAGCCUCCUGAGUAUCUUCCAGGCCAUCACCAUCAGCCCCAGGGACUCCAGGUGGGCAGAGCUUAAAGUGAAAGCUCCCAGGUACAUUGGCUCCUCCAUAUUCCUGAGCUACAUACUAUACAUGUUUAUAAAUAUUAUUAUUCUUAUGCAUGUAACUGGAAAAUGGAACAAUACAACCAUUAUAAUCCUAAAGGAUUUUGGAUACUGUUCUAGUGUUCGUCAUGACACAACCACAGACUCACUGCAUGCAGCAUUGCUAACCUUCCCUGAUGCCCUGUGUGUGGGGCUCAUGCUCUGGGGCAGCAGCUCCAUGGUGCUCAUCCUGCACAGGCACAAGCAGAGAAUGCAGCAUGUUCAUAAGUCCAGCUCCCCCAGGUCCUCUCCUGAGUCCAGAGCCACCAAAACCAUCCUCCUUCUGGUGAGCACCUUUGUCUCUUUGUACACACUUUCCUGCAUCUCUCAGCUGUGUUUGGCUGUUAUUGAUAACCCCAACUUGUUCCUGUUGAACAUGGGUGCAAUACUCUCUGGGUGUUUUCCAGCGAUCAGCCCCUUACUGCUCAUAAGCAGAGACUCCAGUGCAUCCAGGUUUUGUUUUUCCUAUAUAUAAAAAAGAAAAACCCCUGAUCUGAUGAACAUGUGAACUAUAAGGUUUUGCAUAAUUCUUAUUUAUUCAUUCCAACCCAUAAAAUUUAAAGCAUAACUGUAUAGUUAUUUCACAUGGGAAUGGUGAGUUUUACACAUGCACUCAUGUCUUUGUGCUUCCUGCUGGUGUGUGCUGGGUGGCUUAAGCAAUUUAUUUAAAAAAUAUCUAAGUAUUUUUUUCUCCCACACUUAUUUCUACCUUCAUGUCAUGGAGGAAGGCAUUGGUAAAUCAAAUAUCAACACGGACCCAUUUGCAAUAUUUUACACCUGGUUUCUGAUUGAUAGCACAUAAAAUUUUUUUAAGCCAGAUUUAUUUUCAAAAUAUGAACAUUGUAUUUUUACAACCAGUCUUUGAUGUAAGUGUACAGUAGGUUGGCCUUUUUUUAUGGUUUGGACAUGACUCAUGUCCCAAAUCUCCUGUGUUAAUGUGGGGAUAUUCAGAGGUGGAAUGAUUGCAUUGUGAGAGGUGUAACUUAAACAGUCCAUCCUGGUUUGAAUGAGCUGACCUGAUGGUAACUGUGGGCAGGUGUGAUAUGGGUGGGUGAGGCAGGUCACUGGGGGCAUGCACUGGAUGGGAAAUCUUGCCUUUGGCCCCUUCCCACCUUCCCAGUCUCUCUGCUUCCUUGCUGCCAUGAGGGGAGCAAAUUACCCCCACCAUGUCAUCUACCCAUGAUGCUCUGCCUCACACUGGGCCCAGAGCCUUGGAGUCAGUCGGCUAUGGACUGAGAUCUCUGGUACAAAUAAUCUUUUCUCCUCUAAGUAAUUCUUAUUGGGUGCCAUCAUCACAGCAAUAAAAAGCUGACUAAAGUAACUUGCAUAUAAUUUGGGUCACUUUAUCUUUGCAGAUCAAGAGGUUCUGCAUAACAUUCUUUUACAGACUGGACUUUUGGCUAUUCCCUAGUCAGAAAUAAGGGCAAGUAUUUACUGUUUAGAGUUUAUAAUCCUGUUAGUAGUACUUAGUACUAAAACAACAUUCUGAUAAAGAUCUGAAGACUUGGCUCUGCCUGAAUCCCUGGUUCUUUUUUCCCAGCUUACAAAAAGAUAAAUGUAUAAAUUGAAAUGUCUAAAUUUACUUAAAAAUUAAACUCUUGAAUAUACCUUUAUAUAUUUUAAAUGUGUACAUGUUUAGAUAUAUCAAUAUACAUGUGUGUUUGUACAUACAUAUCACUUGGAUUAGGUUUAUUGUGAGUCAAGCAAUAAUUCUAGAAAAUUUUAUGUAACAAAUGUAAAUUUCAGAUUUAAAUAUCAAUUUCAUCCAAUGGCAAAAGCUUUAACAUAAAGUUUUCUUUCUAUUGUGUUUUCUUCCUAAUCUCGUUGAAUCAUUUGUAAAACUAUGUGGAGAGUGUUUCUUCUGUAUCUGCUCUUAUGCUUCUGUGUUAGCUAUGUCUCUUGAAGGAAACACCACUGUUUGUAUAUUAAAACACUAUUUGCCUUUGGCUAAUGAAAAUUGUCUUACAUGUUCCAUAUAAUACUGGACAUAAUGAAAAACAACAAUGCUGUUCUGACUCCUGUUCUAUUGAAUUUUCUACGUUGAUUUCUGUUAUUUCCAAGAUGCUACACUUCAUCUUUUCAAAAACUGACCAGAUGUGUACUUAUUAAAUACACUCACUGUCCAACUUGACAUUAUAUGAAAUGGGAUAGUAAUCUUUUGCUUAAACUGGCUUUUUAUUUACUGCUAUGUAUUUUAAGUGUUUUUAUCGUACUAGCCAGGCAUGAGAUGUCCAGUGAGUUUUCACAAAUAAAGCACAUUCCACUGCGUGCAGCUCCUACUUAGAAAAACAACAUCCUCAGUCUGAGAUGCUGUGUUGUUCUCUGACCAUCCCUAAGUGUGACGACUGUGUGACGGCUCACAGUCCAGAUAACUUUCACCUCUCUCUUUUAUACAAUGAGAAUUCAGCAUAAACUCUUAUAUAUUUGAUGUUAAAAAUUACAUGUGCUCUUAAAUUAGCAUUUAUCCAUGUUGCUGGUGGUAGAAUUCAACUAUGGGAAGAUCAAAUGAUUAAGCAGUCAUUUUUUUAAUGAACUAGAGAAAAGUUUUAUUUUUAUUGAAGUUCAACAAGUGACAUCAUGAUUUCUGAAUGAUUUCCUCGAAUACAUUGCUGACUAUUUGACAAGCAUCUCUGUCCCAUGAUAUAGGACCUUUGUCCUGUUCUUUGACUCCAGUGGUCUCAUGUAGGGGGAAAACUGACAAUUUAUGAAUCAGUAUCUCAACACCCCCUUUUAGACAAUAUUAAGCAAUGGAAAUUUUUUGAUAGAUCAUUUCUUAGGCCAGAAAAACUACAAAAUAUUAAUAAAAGCAAAGCCUUCCAGUCUGCAUGACAGAUGUAAACUAGUAAGCACAGUCUCUUUAGUUCUAUCUUCUUUAUCCAACAAUAAAUCCAACUUCGUAAAAAAUAGUCCUGUCAGAUCUGCCUAAAGAGGGCUCAACAGUUGGAGUCCUGUUUUUGUAAAUCAAGGUUAAUCCCCAUGUGGGUAGACAGUUUAACCCAUAUGUCCUAACUUCUAUAGAGUGUAAAAAUUUGGAACAUAGUAUACAAGAAAUUAAUGUGAUCCUACCAAUUAUGAACAUCCAUACAUAGUUAGAUGUUCUUUGUAAACAAGGUAAUGAUGUAAGCAGUUCUCAGAAAAAAAUUAAUACCCCUUUAAAAUAGCAGGACUUAUACAUAUUCUAUGUCAACACCUUUAUCCCUUAAAUUUGUCAUGAGAUGGAGGUUGAGUAAAGCAGAUUUGCCUUUAACCUUGUUCACACUACCUAGUAUGACUACAAACCAUCUAUAAGGUUUAUUAGUACUUAGAGAACUUUGUAAUUUAAUAAGCAAUUUAGUUAUUAAGAUAACAAUCAUGAUUUAUAGCUUUAUAUCCAGACUAUCAGAUUUUGUAAGUUUAUAGGAUUUGUAUCAAUAACACACAACACUUCAUUGUAAAACUGGUAGUUCAUGUAAACAGAUUGUAAACCAAAAUAGGCUUUUUAACAAAUAAAGUUUUGA